UGCUGCCGAAGUUGCCGGCAAAUUGUUGUUUAUUAGUUAAAUGCCUUAAUUUCUUAGUGUAAAUAAGUGUUUUUAUAAUGUUGUUAAGUAAAAUAAAAUAUAUAAAAGCGAUUGGCGUGCGCUGCAAUAGUUUGCAUUACGUAACAACGCCAAUAUUCUACGUAAAUGCAGCGCCACACAUUGGUCACCUGUACUCGGCGGUCAUAGCAGAUGCCCACUGUCGUUAUCAGCGACUGCGGUAUCCAGAAAAGACUGUGAUUCUCUGCACGGGAACCGACGAACACGGAACGAAGAUUCAACAGGCGGCAGCGGGGAAAAAGGCAGGAAACGAAGCGGGAAAGGAAGCGGGUAACAGAGCGGGAAGCGAAGCGGUUCAUGUGUCACAAUAUUGCGAUGAGAUCUCGAUGCGGUACAGGAAUGUCUUUCAGGCAGCGGGAAUAUUGCACGAUGACUUCAUACGCACUACUGAGCAGAGACACAAACAGGCGGUGUCUCACUUUUGGCAAACGUUGCAGUCCCGAGGUCACAUUUACUCGGCAGCCUACAGCGGUUGGUACUGCGUCUCGGAUGAAACCUUUCUCACGGACUCGCAACUUCGGGUGGACGAGCAGAGCGGAACACGCUACUCCCUGGAAUCGGGACAUCCUGUUGAGUGGACGGAGGAGACAAAUUACAUGUUUCGUCUGUCACAGUUUCAGGACGAUGUGCGUCAUUGGGUUAAGCAGGAAGCACGGAUAAGACCGGCCAAGUUCGAAAAGAUUCUAUUGGACACGCUGAGCGAACCGUUGCCCGAUGUGUCCGUCUCCCGUCCCGCGAAUCGGGUACACUGGGCAAUACCCGUUCCAAAUGAUGACACACAAACAGUCUACGUCUGGCUGGAUGCUCUCAUCAACUAUCUCACUUCUCGCGGGUAUCCCAAUGAACAGUACGUCACGAAUUGGCCACCUGCCCAGCAAGUCAUUGGCAAGGACAUUCUCAAGUUCCACGGCAUUUAUUGGCCAGCAUUUUUGAUAGCCGCUGGACUCUCGCCUCCUCAGCAGCUCUACGUGCACUCUCACUGGACUGUGGACGGACAGAAGAUGUCCAAGAGCAAACACAAUGUCGUGGAUCCCAUCAAGGCGGCUGAACAAUACACCAUGGAGGGACUUCGCUACUUUCUACUGCGCGAGGGAGUCGCACACAGUGAUGGCAAUUUCAGUCACGUUAAAGCGCUGCGCAUACUAAACUCUGAGUUGGCGGACACUUUGGGCAAUUUGUUAUCACGCGCUUGUGCCAAGUCGCUGAAUCCACAACAAAUGUAUCCCGUGCCACAUGCCGAGCACUUUUCCCAGUUGUUGCGGGACUUGGAUGCGGCCAAGCGAAUGCAGGAGGCGAAGCUGCAGCUGGCGGGUCGCUGCGAGCAACACUACGAGAGCAAUCACUUCCACUUGGUGGCGGACACGGUGAUUGCCACGCUGCAUGCAACCAACAAUUUCUUUGAGUGCACGAAGCCCUGGGAGCUAAAGGCCGACGGCAGCUCACCGAAUGCGCCACGCCUCGAGACAAUCAUCGCCAUGACAAUGGAUGCACUGCGACUCUGCGGCAUUGUGUUGCAACCAAUGAUGCCACAGCUGGCCAGUCGACUGCUCGAUAAGCUCAACGUGCCGGGAUCACAGCGCACUUGGUCUGUGCUCAGCGAGAGCUGCAACAACAGCAAAAGUUGCCACUUGACGGGUGGCAACCCUGUGUUAUUUCAGCGCAUUGUGGAGUCAGCUCAGCUUCCGUCGGAGUCUCAUUCUCCGGCGAAGUCUCUGCAAAGCAAGCGCAGUAAAUCGAAAAAGCAACUGAAGAUGUCUUGAAGUGUCACGUAGCCAUAAUAAACUGAACUGAAUUCUAUCCAAA